AUGGUUCCGUGUAAGGCCCAUAGUGACCCCGUUCAAGGCAAUUUGGACGUCGAUACUGCAGUUCCGUACACUUUCAGCGAUUUUGUCUACUCACCGCAACAGGGGGAAGCGAGCAUCAAAUUGCCCAAAUUACCCUCAGAAUCAGCAGCUCACCAAAUCAUACCAAUUGGGCCAAAAACUGCACGCCAAGAAAAAUACAAAUUACUAUACUCCCUCCCUCCCUCCCAUAUAACACAUGACCUCCACGGCAUCACCUAUAACCGACCAUUCUGCAUUUCCUAUCAUCCUAACACCAUGAUCAAGCCCAGCACCAACCUCACAUCCCCUUUUUUCUCAGACGACCUUGCCGUCAACUUCAUAUCCCGGCGAGUCGUUUUCUUUUUCUUGCAAGAUAUUCAAAUUUUAGAACUUAUCCUUGCUAUUUUGGUGUUCAUUGCCAUACAUUCUCUAAGGCACAAGAAACGUUACGGCCUUCCAGUAUGGCCGGUUUUAGGUAUGCUACCGUCUUUGGUUUUUGGUCUUCGAAGUAACAUGUACGAGUGGAUUUCCGAUGUACUUUGCCAGCAAAAUGGAACUUUUAGAUUCAGAGGACCAUGGUUUAGCAGUCUCAAUUGUGUAGUGACUGCAGAUCCCAGAAAUAUUGAGCAUCUUCUCAAGACCAGAUUCACUUAUUUCCCUAAAGGCCAAUACUUCCGAGACACACUUCGUGAUCUACUCGGAGAUGGGAUAUUCAACGCGGAUGAUGAGACGUGGCAGAGACAAAGAAAGACGGCAAGCAUUGAGUUCCAUUCUGCUAAGUUCAGGAAACUAACUACGGAGUCAUUGAAUGAACUUGUCCAUUCUAGGCUCUUACCAGUCCUGGAAAAUGCAGCUAAUGACUUCAUAUCUAUUGAUCUACAGGAUAUUCUAUUGAGGCUCACUUUCGAUAAUGUCUGCAUGAUAGCCUUUGGUGUUGAUCCAGGUUGUUUGAGUUUGGGUUUGUCUCAAAUACCAUUUGCUAGAGCCUUUGAAGAUGCAACACAGGCCACAGUGCUGCGUUUUGUUACUCCAACAUGUAUAUGGAAAGCCAUGAGGUAUCUUGAUUUGGGAACCGAAAGGAAGCUAAGAGCAUCCAUAAAAGGAGUCGAUGAAUUUGCCCAACAAGUCAUAAGAACAAGAAAGAAAGAACUGUCUUUGCAAACUGAGUAUAUUAAUAAUGAGCAAAGAUCAGACCUCUUGACAGUGUUUAUGGGAUUGAAAGAUGAGAAUGAACAGCCAUUUUCGGACAAGUUCUUGAGGGAUAUUUGUGUAAAUUUCAUUCUUGCUGGCAGAGACACUUCUUCAGUGGCCUUGACUUGGUUUUUCUGGCUUCUUGAUCAACAUGAGCAAGUGGCGGAGAAAAUUCUUGCUGAAAUAUACAAGAUAAUUAUGGAGAGAGAACAUUUCAACCCCGAAACUCCAUUGGUGUUUACGCCAGAGGAGAUAAAGAAGAUGGAAUAUUUGCAAGCUGCUUUAUCUGAGGCCCUGAGGUUGUACCCGUCAGUGCCAGUCGAUCACAAGGAGAUAAUUGAAGACGACGUAUUCCCAGAUGGGACCGUCUUGAAGAAAGGAACAAAAGUGAUAUAUGCAAUAUAUACAAUGGGAAGAAUGGAGGCUAUAUGGGGAAAGGAUUGCAGGGAGUUCAAGCCGGAACGGUGGCUUAAAGAUGGGCGUUUCAUAAGCGAAUCUGCAUACAAAUUCACUGCUUUCAAUGGUGGCCCUCGCCUGUGUUUAGGGAAAGAUUUUGCUUACUAUCAAAUGAAAUUUGUUGCUGCCUCUAUCAUAUAUCGGUACCACGUGGAAGUAGUAAAAGAUCAUCCUGUGCUUCCAAAGCUUGCUUUGACUAUGUACAUGAAAAAUGGAUUGAAGGUGAAUCUAAGAAAACGGGAUCAUUAUAAGCUUCAUCAGACCUCUAAUUAGUCCUGAAGAUCAUAUAUUUGAUGCAACAAUCACACUCUAUACAUUGUCAAUAGUUGUGAUUUUUUUUUUUUUUAAGAUAUAAUUACAUUUGUAUCAUUGUUAUUAGCAUUACACACUAUACAUUCACUUUAUUGAUACUACACAUCAAUAAUAAUGGAUUUAAUAGCGGUUGUACUUGUUCA